AUGGGUGGCAUGGGCAAGACCCAGCUUUGUAUCGAGUACGCUAUCACCUACCAGAGCCGAUACUCAUCCGUUUUCUGGCUAAAUGCUCAAGAUGAGCCCUCACUGCGAGCAGACCUUCUCAACAUGGUGGACAUUAUUCUGCCGGACCAGGCAAGCAUGAUGACAACACGAACAGACGAGGAAGCCGCAAUCCAAAAACUUCGUCGAUGGUUUUCCCAUCCAGAGAAUCGGAGUUGGCUCCUGAUCUUUGACAACUUGGACAACCCCCAAACUGUCAGGCGACAACGAUCCUUCAUCUGUUGA